UCUGCAUUUACAACAUGGAGAGAGUCAAUUCCCCAUUUUUCCUACUUUGCCUAUUGCUCUUUUGUCUUAGCCUUGCUGCUACUCAUCAAAUCAAUAGUGAUGAGUUUGCACUUGUUUCUUUUAAAUCCCUCAUCACUUCAGAUCCUUCCAAUAUAUUGAAAACAAAUUGGACCGCUGGAACCUCUGUUUGUACAUGGUUCGGAGUUACUUGUGAUUCACCUCAUAAUAGGGUGACUCAUUUGGAUCUCUCGGAUAUGGAACUCGGAGGCAGCAUCCCACCAGAAAUCGGAAAUCUUUCUUCUCUUGUUUCUCUAGAUUUGAGACGGAACUCUCUUCAUGGUCCCCUACCAAACGACAUUUGCAGAUAUAACAACCUUCCAAGACUUAAAGAACUACAGUUAUACAGUAACAAAUUGGAGGGAGAGAUACCAGUGAGUUUGGGUGAAUGUCCACAACUUGAGUUUCUUAAUUUGGCAUUCAACAACUUUAGUGGACAUGUGCCUUCACAAAUUGGGAACAUCACACACCUUAAGGAAUUACACCUUAAUGGCAACAAUCUAAGAGGUACCAUUCCCAAAGAAAUUGGCAACUUGGCAACUCUUAUUAUGUUAUCGAUUACAGAUAACUCUUUAAGUGGUAGCAUCCCACCAGAAAUCGGAAAUCUUUCUUUUCUUGUUUCUCUAGAUUUGAGUGAAAACUCUCUUCAUGGUUACCUGCCAAAGGACAUUUGCAGAUAUAACAACCUUCCAAGACUCAAAGAACUUCAGCUAUCCGGGAACAAAUUGGAGGGAGAGAUUCCACUGAGUUGGGGUAACUGUCAACAACUUGAGAUUCUUAACUUGGCAUCCAACAACUUUGGUGGGCAUGUGCUUACACAUAUUGGGAACAUCACACACCUUAAAGAAUUACACCUUGGUAGGAACAAUCUAAGUGGUACUAUUCCAAAAGAGAUUUUUCGUCUUAAUAAAUUGGAGAGAUUGAGUUUGAUUUCUAACAAUCUGAGCGGAUCGAUCCCAAGGGAAGUGGGCAACAUGACUGCUCUUACAUUCCUAUGGCUCAUGGAUAAUACUUUAAGUGGUACUGUUCCAAAAGAGAUUUGUCUUCUUAAUAAAUUGGAGACCUUGAAUCUGAACUCUAACAAACUGAGCGGAUCAAUCCCAAGGGAAGUGGGCAACAUGACUGCUCUUACAAACCUAUUGUUCAGGAAUAAUACUUUAACUGGAGUUAUUCCUCAAGAGAUUGGUCAUCUUGAUUAUUUAGAAGACCUGGACAUGAAAUUUAACAAGUUGUCAAGCCCUUUGCCGGCAAGUAUUUUCAACAUGUCUUCUUUGAAAUCGAUUGAACUAUCAUGGAACAUACUUAGUGGGGCAUUGCCUUCUGAAAUUGGGAACAUGAAAACAGUGGAAUACUUCAUGAUUGAAAACAAUGCUUUAAUUGGUCCAAUACCAUCGACGAUUGGAAAUAUUACAAAUAUGGAGAUCAUAAGACUCGCUUCUAACAAAAUAAAUGGAGUUAUUCCACGAGAGAUUGGUAAUCUUGAUGAUUUAGCCUCGUUGGACAUAAGUUCCAACAAAUUGUCAGGGCCUCUGCCUUCAGAAAUUGGGAACAUGAAAGGACUUGAAGACUUAUACCUUUACAACAAUUCGUUAAUAGGAAGUAUUCCAGAAGAGUUUGGUUAUCUGGAUAAUUUAGAAUGGUUGCACUUGAGUUCGAAUAAGUUGUCAGGCCAUUUUCCGCCGGUCAUUUUCAACAUGUCAUCUGUAGUUUCUCUUGACCUUUCAAGUAACAGAUUUACUGGGGCAUUGUCUUCCGAAAUUGGGAACUUGAAAGAACUGCAACAUCUAUAUCUUGAAGACAAUGCUUUUACUGGUCCAAUACCAUCCACCAUUGGAAAUCUUUCAAAUCUGCGUAAUUUAUUGCUCUCUUCUAACAAAUUAAAUGGUCCAAUACCAUCUACAAUUGGAAAUCUUUCAUAUCUGAAUUCCUUAGCUCUCUCUUCCAACAAAUUAAAGGGUGAGCUCCCGUCCUCCAUCUGCAAGUUGUCACGGCUUAGUUAUGUUCUUCUCUCAAAUAAUACCUUGGAAGGAAGAUUGCCACGGUGCUUUGGGAACUUCAGCGCAUCUUUGAUCAUCUUUCAUCUAAACGAAAAUCAAUUCGGUGGCCUCAUUCCAUCAACCUUUUCUAAGAGUUGUAGUCUUAUGUCCAUCAAUUUGCGUAGUAACAAAUUCCAUGGACAAUUGCCAAAAUCCUUAAUCAAUUGCAGAAGUCUAAUGGGUCUCGACAUUGGAAAUAAUAGAAUACAGGACAAAUUUCCCUUUUGGAUGGAAGGCCUACCCGAGCUUCGAGUGCUAGUGUUGAGGUCUAACAAGUUUGUUGGUAACAUGCCGCUUCCUUCACGAACCAAGGUUUCAUUUCCUAGGUUGCAAGUUUUUGAUGUAUCCUAUAAUGAUUUUCUAGGCUCUCUACCUCAAACAUAUUUCAAGAACUUCAGAGAAAAAAUUGUGGAUUAUCAAACAAUAUCAUAUUAUGAAUUUCUAGAUUCCGUGGAGAUGGUUCUUACCUUGAAGGGUCAGGAUCAGUUAUUGAAUAGACUAUUGGAAACUUUCACAACAAUUGACCUAUCUUCCAAUAGAUUCUGCGGCACUAUUCCACCUUCCAUGGGAAAUCUCAAGUUUCUCAAAUAUUUGAACUUGUCCCACAAUACCCUCACAGGCCAUAUACCUUCGUCUCUUGGAAACAUGACCGAACUCGAAUCGUUGGACUUGUCAACAAACCAAUUGGAUGGAGGAAUUCCAAGUGAAUUGACAAACUUGACAUUCCUUGCCAAAUUAAACCUUUCAACGAACAAUCUUGUCGGGCUAAUACCGCGAUCUAAGCAGUUCUCCACAUUUGAGAAUGAUUCAUAUAUGGGAAACUUGGGAUUGUGUGGACUUCCAUUGACGAGAAAAUGCAAUGAUGAGAAUGGGCCAACGAUAAACCCCACAGAUGAGAAAGGCAACAACCUAUCUUUUAUGCAAGAAGUUGGCAUAUCAAUGGCCUUUGGUUUUAUUUUCGGAUUCUGGGGAGUUAUUGGUUCUUUCGUACUAAAGAAAUCAUGGAGAUUUGCAUUCUUCAACUUCUUUGAUGCUAUUGGAGAUUGGCUCUACGUUAGGAGUCUUGUGCUUGUAUCCAAAUGGAGACGGACCUAAAAUAAGUUCCAACAAAUGACGCCGAAAACGUUGAUUGUGUUGGAAUGACUUGAAUUAUGGCGUCAAAUUCACGUGAUGCUUGUGGAACAGGUUGAGGAAUCAAAGUCAUCGUUGUGCUAUGAUGUUUGAUGGACCAUCGGACAUCCUUUAAGUUAAGAAAUUGUCCAUUUAUUUAUUUUUCAGGCUUUUUUUUUGCUUUUGUUGCUUCCUCCUAAAUCGGUAGGGUUUCAAACCACUUAUAAAUAAUGGAUUUCAUGUUUUUCAA